CCACAACUUUAAACUAUAACACACACAUGCACAAUCUCUGUUUGUCAACAAGUUUGACGCCCCUGUGUUCUUUCUCUGUAGUUUUGCUUUUCAUUACAACCAGAGUUUCCACUUCUUCUUGUUGGACAAAAUCAGGAAAAAAAAGCGCUCAGUUCUUAGCAAAUAAUAAAAAAUAAAACACCUCUAUUUUAGGGAUUGGGUUGUGUCCAAAUCUUGAAUUACAGCCGUCGAUUCCAACGAAAAUAUCAAAUUUUCUUCUUUUAUUUCUUGAUUUUGGAGUAAAAAAAGCCAGAGCCGAAGGUUCAUCUCCUUGGUGCUUUAUCAUGGAUUCCCCACAGUCAGUUGUUUCACCAUUCAAGAACUCUGUUGUAGCUGAGCCUGAGAAGCAGAAAACCGAGUUUUUCAGUAGGAACUCGGGUGGUUUGUUGUCAAACGGGUCCGAGGUUAACAAAAAGGAAGAGAAUUCCAUUGGCGUUCUUGAGGUUUAUGUUCAUCAGGCAAGAGAUAUCCAUAACAUCUGCAUUUACCACAAGCAGGAUGUGUAUGCUAAGCUUUGUCUCACCUCUGACCCCGAAAGCACGGUUUCCACCAAGAUCAUCAAUGGCGGUGGGAGGAACCCGGUGUUCAAUGAUAAUCUACGCCUCAAUGUUCGAACUGUUGAUUCCUCCCUCAAAAUCGAGAUAUUCAUGAUGAGUAGAGUGAGGAAUUAUCUUGAAGACCAGUUGUUGGGAUUUGCAUUGGUGCCACUGUCUGAAGUGCUCCUCAAGAAUGGGAAGUUGGAGAAAGAAUUCUCUCUUUCUUCAACUGAUCUGUUCCAUUCACCUGCUGGUUUUGUCCAGUUGUCUCUUGCAUAUGCUGGAUUAUCUCCUGAAGUAAUGGCUAUUCCUGCUAUGCCUAGAGAUGUGGCUGCUGAUGAAACUGUGAAGGAUUCAGAAACAGGUGAGUGUGAGUUGGAAAAGAUUGAGUUCCCGGAUCCCAUAAUCGCGAAUGAGAACCAGAUGAUGGUUUCCGAGUAUAUCGGGAUCCAAUGUUCUAAUUUGGACUCUGAAAGUUCCGAAAGUUUGGGCACCUCUGAUGCUGAGAGUCAAAUUAGUUCAGACAUGGGCGCUCGUUUAAUGGAGAGCUUCUCUACUGCUACAGUCAAUUCCAUCCAAGCCCCCAAGCUCGAUUCUCCUCCGAGCAGCGUGUCAACCUACGGGGUUUCAUCUCCUUCAGCUGGUGCAAGCUCUGAGUCCUUCGAUGGUCUGGCUGCUUCGAAAACUUCUACUCAGGAACACAUUUCAGCCCCGAAAGAAAAAGCUGUGGAUGUUGGAGAUGUUGACAGCCAUUCUUCAGGGGCACAAAGUGAUUCCAUCGUGAAACCUGUUGUUUCUGUUAACAUUGAGCCCGAGCAAAAGCUGGUGCAGCAAGACAUAGUAGACAUGUACAUGAAAAGCAUGCAGCAAUUUACCGAGUCAUUGGCUAAGAUGAAACUGCCUCUGGACAUCGACAGUGGACCGACCAAAUCGGAGAAUUCAAGUACCACUGAUCAGAAAAUACAGGCAUCGAAAAACACUGGCUCCCGAGUGUUCUACGGAAGCAGGGCUUUUUUCUAAGCUUCCUGAUCCUCUAUUCAAAGGAAGACACACAGGUGACUUUAGAAUUUUAGGGUGGAGACUAAUACUACUAAUAGUGAAAUGUAAUAAUAAUGUAUCAUGUAAUGUGGUCUUUUCCUUUGUAUGUCAACAUGCUUUAGAUGAGAGGAGGCAAAAAUCAUGACUCUGUACUGUUAUUAGCUUUGUUCCAUUGCAGUUGCUGUUAGUAUAUAUGAACCUUUCCGUUUUUUUCUAUAA